UCACCACCAUGAUUUUAUAAUGCACCAACCACUUUUGUCCAAAACAAAACACACAUAUACAUAAGAAUGUAGUUUAAAUAUUAAAAUAUACAUAUGUACGAAGAAUUUGAAAUUAAUUUAAAAUGUGCAAAUUGUUAAAUGUUAUUAAUUUUAUAAUAUGUGUUGCAACGUUUAGUCAAACUAUUACUUCGAGUCUAGCAAUAAAACGGGGUCCACAUCACCCGCGAAGUGAACAAUCAAAGACUCGAAAAGUUGACCAGCAUUUAACGCAUGAAGAGCAUCACAUCGAGGAUGAUUUAAAAGAAAUGGGAAUCAGUGCGAAUUUGGAUGAGAUGUCAGAAGAAGAAAAAAACUUUUAUUAUUUUAAGAUUCACGAUAGUGACAAUAACAAUGCACUGGAUGGUUUAGAGAUGCUACAGGCAGCAAUACAUCAAGAUGAAAAUUUCAAAAAACUAGAUCGUGAAAAUUACAUUCAGAACGCCAAUGAAGAACUGGAUCACAUCAUAGAGGUUAUUGAUGAAUUUCUUCAACUUGCUGACGCUAAUAGGGACGGAUUACUACAUUAUCCUGAAUAUGUGAAAGCUGUGACUGGAUCCACUGAUGAAAAAACACAAUUGAAUAACGUUUAAUUAUAUUUUGAGAGUUUUAUUUGAAAUUAAAUAAAAAAAAUAUUUAUCUAAAGAUUAUUAAUAAAUUUAAUAAAACAGA